CGGUCUCAGCUUUUAUGUUCUAUGUUUCUGAACCCGACAACGAUUCUUCAAUUAGUAUUUCUUAGAUCAUCAUUUGUUCAAACAAGUCCCGUGAUCGUCCCGUCUUGUCAGUGGUCUAUUUAUCCCGGACAGUUUGAGCUUGCCUCCAAAACAACAUGCCGGCCCGGUUUUCCAAAACCCCAGAGAUCUACACAACUGUUCCAACUCAACCUAAAGAAAGGAAACCAGGACAGCUAAGUCAGGAGCAGUUGCAGCAGUAUUUUGACGAGGGGUAUGUUUUGGUUACGAAAUUUUUCACAGACGAAGAGUUACAGCCCGUCAUUGAAGCUAUAAAUGCACUCGUUGAUGAAGUCGCAGAGAGACUUUAUAAAGCUGGAAAAAUAACAAAUAAGCAUGAAGAUGCCUCCUUUAAUGACAGAUUGACACUGUUAGAGAAAGAGUUUCCCGGAGCAGCAAUCCUUGUCCAUAAGAUUGGAUUUAUGCCAAAGGCAUUUCAAGACUUGUGGUCCAAUGAGAGAUUAUUGAAUGUUGUUGAGCAAAUGAUUGGACCAGAUAUUGCUGGGCACCCUGUGUGGAACCUUAGAACAAAGGUUCCAAAGAAUAACCAAGUGACUGUUCCCUGGCAUCAAGAUAAUGCCUAUCUGUCUGAUGAGGCUAAUGAAACUCUUAUGGCAACUGCUUGGAUCCCAUUUGUAGAUGCAAAUAAAGUGAAUGGAUGCAUGGAGGUAGGAAAAGGAGGACACAAGAAAGGAUUUUUAGCAAAGCAUUAUUGCUGUUCUGGUCCUACUCUUUAUGUGGAGCUUAAAGAAGAAGACAUGGUCAAAGAUUUGGAUGUUGACAUGGAGAAAGACAUAGUCUUGUGUGAAGUUCCAUUUGGUGGGGUACUCUUCAUUAACAACAUGGUUCCACAUAGAAGUUUGAUGAAUAAUUCGAACAUAAUCCGCUGGAGUGUAGAUCUACGUUGGUGUAACCCAGAUAAACCAAAUGGAUAUUAUGAUCUAAAGGAAAGCGUUCUUAUGCGCACGUCCAAAGAUCCUAACCUCAAGAUUGACUGGGACAAGUUUAACACAGACAGACAUGCUCUAGAAGCUGGAAAGAAAGAAGGGGAAAAGGAAGAUGACCUGGAACCUAUCAUCAUUGGUCCUUGGAUGGGUAGAUGGGAGCUGGUUCACCAUAAUAAACACACCCAGAGAUUCCUUGAAAACGAAAACAAAAUUAAAUCAGCUAUCAAAGAUUAAUAACGAUAAAUAAUUGAUAAACGCGCAAACAAAGGGACGCGUGGGCUGCACAUUUCACUAUUAGAGACACAAUAUCUACUAAAUGCUCAAGUCCAACCAUGCACACUUUUAGGGUUUCUCCACGGUCCUAGAAUAGAGCUGCAUAAAUUAAUUGGCUCAACAAAUUUUUCAGAAAAGGGACUAUUUUAAAUCAUGAAUUAAAAGAAAUAAUGAAACUGAAAGCGUUAAUUCUAAUUCGUCGAAAUGAUACUAAGAACAUUAAGAUUACGUCAUGUAUAUGUACUUUUUAAUUUUUAUCAAAUUCAUAUAAUAAAAUUAAUUGAAAGUG